AUGGCCAUAUCAACAGUUAUAUGCCUCACGCUGACAUUAUAUGGCCUUACUCGAGGCUUUCAACAGGCGUUUCGGUCGGGGCCCUCUUUGUUUCAACAGCCGAUAGGAGGAAUUACAUUGAAUAGCCCUGGAGCAGAGUUUGUGAAAAUAAUAUCGUUCAGUAUACCUCCUGAGAGAAGUAAUGUCGGUGGUUAUGGUUUCAGUAAUCCUCCUGAAGCAGUAGGAGCUGGUACAGAUCCGGCUGCACGAACAUGUGGCCUGACACCGGCGUUUUGCACUAAUUCACGUUACCGAUCUAUUGAUGGUUCCUGCAAUAAUCUUCAGAGACCUAGUUGGGGAAUGCCACAGACACCUUAUGGACGCUUGACACCGUAUAACUAUGCUGACGGUAUAAGUGUAAUGACAAGAUCUGUGACCGGCCGUCAACUACCAAAUGCUAGAGAGCUUAGUAUGCAGCUUUUUUUAGACAAAAAUCUUGUUGAUCCCGUAUGGAAUCUGAAUGCGCAACAAUGGGGCCAAAUUAUAACCCACGAUAUGUCACUCACAGCUGGGGCUCCACAGAUUGGAGGUGCGCCACCCCUUGUUUGCUGUGAUAACAGAGGACAAUUGGCUCCAGAUGUAAAUAACCCUUCUUGCGCUCCUAUAUUGUACCCAUCAAAUGAUCCAAUCCACGCACCAGAGGGGGUACGAUGUCAAAACUUUGUGAGGACUGGAACUACUAGAGAUAGAGGAUGUACAGCUCCUACUGCUUCUGCUGAACCGAUCUCUGUUGUAACAGCAUUUAUGGAUCUGUCCAUAGUGUACGGCAGUAGUGCUCUUCAAGCAGCUCCUCUUCGUGCUAGAACAGGUGGCAGACUUCUGACCUUAUUUAGAAACAACCAGGAAUGGCCUCCACAAGAUUCUAAUGUAACACUUGCUUGCCCGCCUGCUCAAUCAUCCAAUGAACCCUGCUAUUUAGCUGGUGAUAUUCGAGUAAACCAAAAUCCACAACUAACAGUAUUGCAAGUAAUUUUGCUGCGCGAACACAACCGCAUAGCAGAUGUACUUGGCCACCUAAACCCUCACUGGAAUGAUGAAACCCUUUUCCAAGAAGCGAGACGCAUCCAUAUAGCCGAAAUGCAACACAUCAACUACUACGAAUAUUUACCCAUUCUCCUUGGAUUCGAGAAUAUGGUGCAAAACAAAUUGAUAUACCCAGAGGCUUAUGAGUAUGUAAAUGACUACAACGCUGGCGUGGACCCUUCAAUUCUUGAUGAACAUGCUACUGCUGCCUUCAGACAUUUUCACACACUUAUUAGGGGAUACUUGAAGCUAGUAACAGAAAGUCGUCAAUUAGCUGGAACGAUACGUUUAAGUGAUUGGCUUAAUAGACCAUUAGUACUCGAAAUUGGUGAUUCCUUCAGUAAACUAGCUAGAGGGCUCACGGCUCAAGAGAUGGACUUCAGCGAUCAGUUCUGGGAUGCUGAAUUAACACAAUUCUUUUUCAAGGGCAACAAUACUUUUGGUGGUGAUUUGCGAGCGACGGACAUCCAGCGUGGUCGUGAUCACGGCCUCGGUAGUUACGUCACUACCCGUGCAGCUUGUGAACUACCUAUUCCGAAUAGUUUUCACGAUAUGCUUGACUAUAUCUCCAAAAAGAAUGUCGCUGUGCUGCAGAGUAUGUACGCAUCACAUCAAGAUGUCGAUCUUGUUGUGGGAGGUUCUCUUGAGCGAAACGUGCCUGGAGCAAUGGUUGGCCCAACUUUUCUUUGCAUCUUGACUGAACAAUUCUACAGGACGCGAGUUGGUGAUAGAUAUUUCUAUGAAAAUGGUGGCGACCCGAAUAUUGCCUUUACUCCUGGUCAGCUGAAUGCAAUACGCCAGGGCGCAAAUAUGGCUCGUAUCCUGUGCGACAACGUUGACAGCAUACACCUCAUGCAACCCAAGGCUUUCCGAUUGGUAUCAAUUAACAAUGAAAUAGUACCAUGUGAUCAACUUCCGUUCGUCGAUUUGUCAUUGUGGCAAGAUGUAAGAGGUCAAGGCAAGAAAUAA